UUAUUAAUUUAUUCCUUAAGAGAUUCAAGUACUUAAAAUGAUACUGGAUUUGGGGUCGGUAGUUUAUUUCUGGCGGGUACCCGCCCCGCUGCCGUCCCUGAUAUUCCCAACUCUUGAUCAGAUCCUAAUAAGUUAAAACAAUCAAGAAGGUCGAUAGUCAAAUUGCCUAAUUUCUAUGGCUACCUCAUCACCAUCGGGUGGAAGUGGAAGCGGAAGCGGAAGUGGGAUACCGAGAAGCCGCAGCACCAGAGAAGACACGGCUAAAGCGAUGGUCGCUGAUCAGAUUUCUCAGGCCGUGCAAUCCACCUCUAAUCUCCUCAACCUCAUGCAACAAUCCUCUGCUUCUCAGGCCCAACUAAUGAAGCUCCCAAAAAACCUCCUAGCAAAAGCCUCCACAAUGAAGAACACUGGGCAAGCUUUAGAGCAGAUGCCUCAAGUGAUUUCAUCCCUGGAUGCACAUAUGGAAAAUGGCUUGGAGAGUGUACCUCAUUUGGGAACUGUAAUUCAGUUGCUGGAAAACAUGGAAAGGUGCCAGCUUAAUUUUCCUUCUCAUACUCAUUUUCCUCAGAAGGUAAAGCUCUCACGUUUGCUGUUUCAACAAAUAGCUCAUCCAUAAUAGCAUAAUUGGUGAGUGGAAUUUAAGCCAAGAGCAAUUUUGACAUCUUUUCUUUUUUCCAUUCUUUUCUCACACCUUAGGAAACGAAGGUCUCGAAUCAACCUCCAGAGGUGAGUUAAAAUUGAUCAACAUUCAUGACCAAUUUGAGGGCUUGAUUAGUUGAGCAUUAGUUAUCAUGUUGAGGAAGGCUUCAAACUCUAGCUCAGUUAUGCUAUGAGGUGGACGUUCAUUGUGUGACAAAAGCAAAAUAUUUCUGAUCUGAUUGCUUUCUUGUGGCUUAAAUAUAUAUUGCUAAGAUGCUUUUUCAGUCUUGUAUGCGCAGUUUUCAUUGACUGUAGCCUGCAUAAGUAUCGGUAAUAAGUAUUGGAAAAAAUAAAAUUAUUGAAAUAGAUGGAGAGAAUAACAUAAGUAUGUCUAUAGAAAAUUAAGCAUAUGUAAUUGAGAUUCACAGAAGAGGGUAAUUCCUUGC